UGUUAUUCACAACACAUUCGAAUGUUCUGAAUAAUUGGACCGUUGCUGUAAUAAUUAAUGUUUCUGUAUUUUACAACUUAAUUUUUGUGUUUUGUUCUUCUGGUAUUGCAUUGAAACGUGCUCAGCUAACCGUCCAGGUUUAAUAUCAGAACACUGGCUCAACCGUAAUGUGAUUACCAGCUUAAAUCGUAGCAUGGUGUGCAUUGAUUUUCCAUUCUUAGCCAUGAUAGCUAGCUGCACAUCCGCUCUUGGAAACGUAGCUGUUGGUUUGUAGGAUAAAACGUGGAUGAAUCAAAGCACCGGGAAAUUUAAAUACCAUUGCCAACAAGAUACUGGCUAAAUCCUCAGAGAAUCCUCAGCGAUCGUUUGGCCCUUUCUGCACUCGCGCGAGAGGGCGUGGCCCGGCCCGGACGGACGGACGGACGGACGGACGGACGCAUGGAGGACAAACGAAAGAAGCGCAGCCCCAAAGUGUCCCUCCCCCAGCCCCCCCCGCCCCCCGUCAACCCCCGCAAGCUCUCGGUCCUCCCGUCCAGCAGGAGCGCCACCUUCACCCUCGGCCUCCCUCACCCCCCCUCCCCAAAACCCAGGGGCAAGCUCAAGAGGUCGGUGGGGACGGCGGGACAGCCCCGCGACGUUCACAGUGUAGCCGUCGCCCCCCCGAAAAACUCCAGACCCCAUAGGGAGAAGCCUCGCACGCCCCAGCCCGCAGGCCCCAGUAAGGUGGUGCAGUCCUCCCCCCUGCAGCACUCCUUCCUGACGGACGUGUCGGACGUUCGGGAGAUGGAGGGGGGGCUCCUCAACCUGCUCAACGACUUCCACUCGGGCAAGCUGCAGGCUUUCGGUAAGGUGUGCUCCUUCGAGCAGCUGGAGCACGUGCGGGAGCUGCAGGAGAAGCUGGCCCGUUUGCACUUCAGCCUGGACAGCCACGUGGAGGAGCUGUCCGAGGACCAGAGGAAGACCGCGUCCGACCGCAACCUGGAGCACCUGCUGGGCAACCUGGAGGAACUCAGCAGCUCUAUACAGAAACUACACCUGGCGGAGAACCAGGACCUGCCCAAGACAUCGACUUCCUGAAGGAGGGAGGUCUACGUGCACAAAUCCCGAUCCGACUAGAGGAGGGACGGGGUCAGAGGGAGAAGCAAAUCUGUCCAGACAGGAAGUAAAGGUUACUGUGGUGAUGAUGGUUAACAGAGCUAGCAUGGACUGUGAACGGCAUAAACCGGGAUCCACAGAAAAAGCACAAUUGCUUUAGGAAAAUGAAAACCCAAAGUGAUCUGUGAUUUCGCUGCAGGUUUUUCUGCCCAUUGUUUACAAGUGUAGUUACAGUGGCUGUUUGAUUAAAGCUGUCUGGAGUGUGCGUGUGUGUGUGUGUGUACAUUUGCAUGCAUGCACCUGUGCAUGCAUGCAUGUGUGUGCAGCUGUACCUUAGUAAGUGUGUGUGCACCUGUGUGCAUACUUGUAUGUUUGUAGGCACCGAUGUGUGUGUGUGUGUGUGUGUGUGUGUGUGUGUGCACAUGCAUGCAUUGCACGCACAUGUAUUUGUGUAUCAUAUUAAGGUCCGUCCCAUGUAAUCCCAUUCCACCUCACAAAGAAUCACAGGUUGUCUUUGUUCUUCCUCCAGUAGCCUUACUUGUCUCAGCUUCCUCAGUGUAAUUGUCUUACACUACUUCACCUUACAGGCAUUUAGCAGCUGCUCAGAGAAUUUCUCACUUUUACGUAGCAAACCCAUUUAUACCGCUAGAUGCAUACGGAAGGAAUUCAGGUUGAGCACUUUGUUCUAGUGCCGCCUGGGAGUCAAACCCGCAACCCUCAGGUUGUAAGUUCAGUUCCCUACCCAUUACAUAACACUGCUCCCAGUAAAAGCCCCCGCCCUGGCUGAUCCCCUGGCCGUUUUCCCAGAAUGCAUCGGGUUUCACGAGUCACGCACCUGCACGUUCACCUGUGCAUUUUAUCGCUACACCACAGUUUUUAAAGUU